GUGAAUUCGAGUAGUAUGGCGUCCUACAACACUGCCGAUGUCAGUUCUCGCAGCACUGCAAUUACAAACGAGUGUGCGAUAGAGACAGGCAAGAUGGCGACACAGGAGACCGAAACGACUCAGCAGUCGGCUCAAAGUAAUGGCGAGGUGAGCAGCAAUGGGGCCGCAGGUGGAGACCGGGCGGUGCAAACAGCUCCCACUGCGCAGCAGCAGCAGCCGCAGCAGCAGCAGCCGCCGAACGCCUGGCAGGUCAUCAAAGGCGUUCUGUUCAGGAUCUUCAUUAUCUGGGCCAUUAGCAGCUGGUUCCGUCGAGGCCCGUCAACCCCAGACCAGACCACCCCGACCGGUGCCCCACGGGUCCCCAGCAGAAACCUCUUCCCUAAGGACACCCUCAUGGACCUGCACGUCUACAUCUCCCAGAAUGAGGUCUUCUCCAACUUCAACAACACUGAAGCCUUGUUCUGGUACCAGAGGGACCUGGUGUAUGGAGACUGGACAACAGGAGACAAGGGAGAUGGCUGUUACGAGCACUACCAAGAGCUGGACAUCCCAGAGGAGGUACAAAAGAAUGGCUCUCUUUACAUCCACCUCUACUUCACUAAGAGUGGGUUCCACCCUGACCCCAAACGCAAGAGCCAGUACCGUCGCCUGGCAACAGUGCACGCUUCUAGAAUGCUGAACAAGUUUAAACGCAGGAGGUUUCUGAAGACCAAGAACCUGCUGACAGGGGAGACUGAGGCAGACCCUGAAAUGAUCAAGCGCGCUGAGGACUUCGGCCCAGUAGAGGUCAUCUCCCACUGGCACCCCAACCUCACCAUCAACAUGGUGGACGACCACACAGCCUGGGUGAAGGGAGCUGUGCCCCCACCCCUCGACCAAUACGUGAAAUUCGACGCGGUGAGCGGGGACUACUACCCCAUCGUGUACUUCAACGACUACUGGAACCUGCAGAAGGACUACUUCCCCAUCAACGAGACGCUGCAGAAGCUGCCUCUGCGCCUGACCUACUGCCCGCUCUCUCUGUGGCGCUGGCAGCUGUACGCCGCUCAGAAUGCGAAGUCCCCCUGGAACUUCCUGGGAGAGGACAUGUACGAGCAGUCCGACGAGGACCAGGACUCCGUCAAGGUGGCUCUGCUGGAGACAAACCCCUACCUGCUGGGCCUCACCAUCGUGGUGUCCAUCGUCCACAGCAUCUUCGAGUUCCUGGCCUUCAAGAACGACAUCCAGUUCUGGAACAGCCGGCAGUCCCUGGAGGGCCUCUCGGUGCGCUCCGUCUUCUUCGGGGUGUUCCAGUCCCUGGUGGUGCUGCUCUACAUCCUGGACAACGAGACCAACUUUGUGGUGCAGGUCAGCGUCUUCAUCGGGCUGCUCAUUGACUUCUGGAAGAUCACCAAGGUCAUGGACGUCAGGCUUGACAGAGAAAACAGACUGGCUGGAAUUAUCCCACGUUUGACGUUCAAAGACAAGUCCACAUAUGUCGAGUCUUCCACCAAAAUCUAUGAUGAUAUGGCAUUCAGAUACCUGUCUUGGCUGCUGUUCCCCUUGUUUGGCUGCUAUGCCGUCUACAGCUUGUUAUACGUAGAGCACAAGGGCUGGUACUCCUGGGUUCUGAGCAUGCUCUAUGGCUUCUUGUUAACCUUCGGCUUCAUCACCAUGACGCCGCAGCUGUUCAUCAACUACAAGAUGAAGUCGGUGGCCCACCUCCCGUGGAGGAUGCUCACCUACAAGGCGCUGAACACCUUCAUCGACGACCUGUUCGCCUUCGUCAUCAAGAUGCCCAUGAUGUACAGAAUAGGCUGCCUCAGAGACGAUGUAGUGUUCUUCAUCUACCUAUACCAGCGCUGGAUCUACAGAGUGGAUCCCAACCGCAUGAAUGAGUUUGGCACCAGUGGAGUGGACCAUACCAAGGACAGCUCACAAGAGGGGAUGACAGGCAAUGAGGCCCCAGCCAUCACAGAUAAGCCAGAGGGGGAGAAGAAAAACGAUUAAUGACUGCUCAAAUCCCCUUCCACACACAGAACGACGGCAUUCUGACUUCUGAGGCAGAAUUCAUGUCUUGUUGCCAGGGAAGGCAGCAGGAGUCAAUGUAUUCUGUAAUGGACACUUUACUCUAAUUCAGUUCGGUUUUCUAUUUUAUUUUAUAUAUAUAUAUUUUGGUGGGAUCUGCAACAGAUCAUGUAACACAGAUUACCAUUUUUUUUCUUUUCCCUCUUUUUCUGCUGUUCAAGUGAAGUAAGCUGUGAUGUACGGGGUUAUCUUCUAACCGGGUGGAUUCUGGAGGGUGGGGUUUGUGUUGUGGGAGAGGGGAAAGAGGCAUGGUACUGGUACAUUUUUGCCGUAUUUCAAAAGUACAGAAAAAAGAAGCCAAGUGCAAAUCACUUCUGUCUGAAUUCCUUGGGAUUUUCAUUCCAUUUGUGAGCACCAGGUCGGGGCUCUCGGUGUAGCUGGAGAGGGCAGUGUGGAACUGGUAAGCACAGUGCCAUGGAAGUGUGUCUUUUGUCUGCUGAGCAGAGCCAAAAUGGCUGACGCUGUUCAACCAACGCCUGCAUUGGCCUUUGAAAUGUGGAAUAGAAUCGAUUAUGUUUCAAACUGAAUUCAAAACCAGCCUUGUAGGUAUAUGAUAUAAUUGAUGUUGAUAAGGAGGACUGAUCUUUUCUUUCCCAGUGAUUUAUUUUUUCUUUGAAUGUACUAAAUCUGUGCAGAAUCUCAGCUCAUAUUAAUAUUAUGAUGAUGUCAAACUGUUUAGCAAUAGCUGAUGUGCAAAAAAAAAAAGUAUUUUUGCCCUGGACUGCUAAUAUUUAAUUCAACUACCAUGUGCACUCCAAUUAUGUCCUACAGGACCAUCUUGUCAACAGCACAGUGAAGUCCCAGCAUUUGGUGUGUAUGACAGUAAUACCUGCACACAUUUUAUUUUUAAUUUUGUAGUUUCUGCCGCCGUUCCUUUGAAGACAGACAUCAGAAAUUUAAGGGAUUUAUUUUGGUUGAAGUAAAUUGUGACCAGUUUGAAAUGAAAUGUUCAUGUUUAUAUAAAGAA